CCACCAGUGCUGGAUGCUCUUGAUGCAUUCAUCUUUCAACGCGUUUACAUGGACAGACAGCAAAAAGAGUUGGCCGGUGAAACGGUUGAUGUGGAAGAGAUACGAAAAAAGUACCCGGCGCAACUGCUUCGUCGAUUUGAAAUAUUCUUCAAAGGAAGUGCACUGAAUAAGCCGCUGGCAAUACGUGAAGUGAAAGCGGCUCAUGUUGGCAAGCUGGUUACAGUGACUGGUAUUGUUAUCCGUGCUACUGAAGUGAAGCCGCUUGCAUCGGUCAUGACCUACACGUGUGACACGUGUGGUUGCGAAACCUAUCAACCAAUCAUUGGUGUACGUAGGUAUUCGUUUUAA